CGAAUUAAAUCAAAAUAAAAUUUAUCACAUAUUAAUAAAAGGCAUAAAUUGGAAUUAGAAAACAAACGCAAACAGACGGAGCCAAAGAAUGAAUUGAAAUGGAAAUCUCUGUUUGUCUUCUUCAUUCCAGAAUUUCACAGCUUAUGCUUUUGUUGAACAAAAAAUCGAUCGACAGCAGCGGUGACUCUGACUCGGCAGCAUCCUCUGGCGACAGUUCUCCUUCAGCGACUCCAAGGGCAGCCGCGGCUCUACAGUCUGCUCCGGCGCACAGCGCACCUCUGUCGAAUAGCCCCAACUCCGGCGAUAGCUUGCGUUGCUUCCGACGACUGUAACUUCUCUGAUCUUUCACCGGCGAGAAAGACAGCGGACUUCGGCUCAGAUCCUUGGUGCAAUAUUCGCCCGAGGUAACCACAGCUCAAUGUGAGGUCGGCAUCUUCACACCAAGCUUUGACGCCCACCAGAAUUGGCCAUCGGAAAUGUUUGAACUCUCAACAGAAUUAUUCACCGGAAAACCCGCAGAAUCUCUCUUCUCUCCCUCACCCUCUCUCGGUCUCGCCCUCAUCAACAAAACAAACAAUAGGAUUAAAGGGUGUGGCCAAUCCACCAAGUUAAGGAGUGGGCAACUAAUUAUUUAGUAUCGAGGGGCUCGUUGGGUGAGGCCUCGAACGGCGAAAACGCAUAACUCCAUUUAAAACUUGGGAAGUGAAAUUUCAGACAUGGAGACAAAAUGAAUGCCACCGCCUUGUGUUAUUACCACUGAUAAUCUGUUAUUAUAAUAGUUUAUAAUAUCACCGCACCUAUACCAUAAUUAUACUGUCGAUGUUCUUCAAAGGUCUGCUAAAUAUCUUCAAAAUGAUUUAGGACACGAAUAUAGUGAAGAGCAGGGAGGAAUUAUUAGCCGAGGAGAGAGAUUACCAGCGCCGGAGGAUGUCAUAUCCUGGAAAGAAAGUGAAACGUAAUCCUUUAGAGUCUUAGUUAUCUGAAAUUUGUGGGCUAAUGAGGGAUAUUAUAAAGGAAUAUACAGAUGAAAUCAAGCAAGCUGUAGGUAUUGCUGACAUAUCAAAAACUGAGGAGAUGACUGAAUCAAUGGCAUCUGAUGAUUUGAAUGCACAAGCAAAUGCUUCUGGUGUUUCUCGAUCAAGAGGAAAAUCUAGGAUACCUGAAACAAACAGGGACAAAUCGCUUGAUUACUGGAGUAACCACAGUUCUCGUCAUUAUUCGGAGGGCCUCAAGGAUGAAAUCAUGGUGCCAAGACAGGAUUUGAGUUCAUAUUAUUUGCAUAAAGAUUUCAAUGCAAAGGGUAAGAUAAACGAUCAAGAUGGAAAAACAAAUAAAAAUAUUUUGAGAGAGCGGAUGCAUGGUAGAGACAAGCAUGAGUACACAGAGGCCAGAGAAGGUUCUCCUCAAAGAUCAAUCCAAAAAAAGAAACAAAUUACGCGAGCGAGCGUAACCAUCACAAACACAGAGAUAAGCGUGAGUGAUAUCAUCAUAAAAGUGAAAGAGAAGACCAUGCCCCAAGUUCUCAUAAAAGAGAGAGCUGGGAAGAUUAUAGAAAGCAUGGGGAAACAAGGAGAAGAGAUGCAGAUGCUGCUCGUCAGGACAGACAAGAAAACAGAGAAGUAAAACAAUGGGGAGUAGAAGUUCUCAUCCUGAGCCCCAGGAGUUUGAUGAUCGAUACAAAUCCUUCAGAGUCACAUGGUUUUUAUGGUGAACUUCACAACAGUCUCUGGUGACUGGGAGUAGGUGAUGGUAUCAACAUAGACAUAUUAGCUAUUCCGUUACAACUGUCAGCUUGAAAAUUUAUGCAGCCGUAUGGCAACUGGUGGUAAGCUUUCUUGGCCAAAGUUCUCUUGAAUUCUUCUAUUCUUAUCUUUUAAUAAACCCGAUUCCUUUGUUUUUGUUUAUGUUUAUUCACUAAAUAUGGCAGCAAGCAGUCUUGCAGGUGUUUGAGAUUUAUCCACAACUGUAUCCUCUUCUGUAUCCUUCAUGAGUUUUUGUGUUUCUUAUUGAUCCCUGUGUUUAUUUUCUCAGUCUCCAUCUGUUUCAAUACAGAAGAAAACUAUAUAGUUUCAAUAGAGGAAAAAAUGUUAAUUUUUUGCAUGGUUUUUCAUCCCUCGCCGUAGUUUAGUUUUCUCUAUUGCCCAUGUGCAUAGUUGUCUUCUCUUUAUCUCAAACUUGCACUUUGGACCUUUUUUGGAACCGAUGAUGUAUUGGUCAUGGCAUGGCACUGUAAGCGUAUUUCUUUGCAGAAGGGAGGAUUUAAUGGAGGAGCAGACAACUGUUGUGGGGAUGAAGGCAAUUCUGAUUUCACAUAGUCACUACAAAAAAAUAUCAAUUUUGUAACAAGAUUUUUACUAAUGAUAUUAGAGACGGAAUUUGAGAUGGAAUUACGUUAGCUACGUGAACUUUACGAACAGAAUUCCGUUACAAAUAUACUAUUUUUUUGUAGUGACAGUGAAUGUUAUGG